AUGCUGAGGGCUGAAUAUAGGGAGUUUAUGACUCCCUCACAUUACCAAAGCCUUACCGAAAUAAUCAAUGCAGCGCGGGAGCGCGAGAUUGAACUAAAAAGGCAAGUUGAAAGAGGUGAGAGAAGGGCCUUGGAUGAAAACCCGAGUCCCACAAAGAAGUCAAAGGUAGCUGAAUCUUCGAAGAAAGGAAAUGCAAAAGGAGGUUCUCCGAGUUGCAAAAUAUGUGGACGCGCUCAUAAAGGUGAAUGUUACUUGAAGAACAAACCUUGCGUUGCAUGUGGCAAGACGGGGCAUGGGCUUUUAAACUGCCCAGACAAAGUGACGGUGUGCUAUAAAUGUUAUCAGCCGGGUCAUAAAAAGUCAGAAUGUCCGGAACUAACGGGAAAGAAAGAGAGUGCUGACUCCAAGAAUGAAACCCCAAAAGCUAAGGCAAGGUCGUUCCAAAUCACCGCUGCUGAAGCAAAGAUGGAACCAGAUGUGGUUACAGUUAUAUUUACUAUAAAUUCUGUCCUUGCACGUGUUUUGUUUGAUACGGGUGCGAAUAAGUCUUUUGUUUCUCAUAGAUUUAUUCAAAACCCUUUGUUUACAUUAACUAAAUUGCCUAUGCCAAUGGAAGUAGAAGUAGGUAAUAAUAAAAGUUUCAUUGUUUGUGAUAUAUGUCGGGAAUGCAAACUGGACAUCGAUGGUGAGGAAUACUCCAUUGAUCUAAUACCCAUGUCUAUGGGUGAAUUUCAAGUGGUAGUCGGAAUUGACUGGUUGUCUCGAUACCACGCUAAGGUGAUAUGCUUACGUAAGGAGAUACACUUAACGUCUCCAAGCGGGAAGCGUGUCAUCAUCUAUGGGGAGAAGGCUUGUAAUCCCAUGAUGUGUUCUAUGAUAGAAGCUCACAAGUUUAUACUACACGGGUGUAAUAUGUACGCGAUAUGGAAAAAGAGACACCAAGGAUUGAAGACGUAG